UCACUGGGGACUCACGUGGCCGAGACGCCGUUAAAACCUAUAGCUUGCUGACUUUUUCUCAACUUGCGUGCUUAUUUUUUUUUUUAAAUGGGGACCAUCUCCUCCCCAUCUCCCCGUCUACGAGCCGUCCUCAGCCGCGCGGUCUCACCUGCCUCUCCGGAAGUCCCGCAGAAGGAGAACAUGUCCAGGUGAGCCCCCCAGGUAGCUGUCCAUGGUGCUGAAGCGGCGCGGACACGCUCGGACUCAGUGGAUGGAGUAUUUAUUAUUAUUAUUAUUAUUAUUAUUAUUAUUAUAACUCGUCAAUGGUGGUCUGAAGACAAUGGAGGCGUCCGCCAACGGCUCCAGUUUCGGCAUCGACUCGCUGCUGUCCCACAGACCCGGCAGCCCGCUCUCCAAGGCGGGCAGCCUGGCGGGGGAGUGCCGCUCGCCGCUGGAGUUCAGCCCGAGAUCCGACGCCGAGAGCGGCUGCUCGUCGCCGCCCUCGCCCGGCAGGGAGUGCUCGGACGAGGCGGCCCAGAGGCACGCACACCUGCCGCCUCACCUGCAGCACGUGCCGGCCAUCCAGCAGAGGACCAUGACCUCGUCCUUCCUCAUCCGAGACAUCCUGGCGGACUGUAAGCCUCUGGCCGCCUGCGCGCCUUACUCCAAUAACGGACAGCCCACGCAGGAGGCCGGCAGGCUGGCGGCCAAGAUCGCGGACGACUUUAUGGAGAAAAUACACAGCAACUCUUCGUCGGACAGCGAAUAUAAAGUGAAAGAGGAGGGGGACCGGGAGAUCUCCAGCAGCCGAGACAGCCCCCAAGUGCGUCUGAAGAAGCCCCGCAAGGCCCGCACGGCCUUCACGGACCACCAACUGGCGCAACUUGAGCGCAGCUUCGAGCGCCAAAAGUACCUGAGCGUGCAGGACCGCAUGGAGCUGGCGGCCUCCCUCAACCUCACCGACACGCAGGUCAAGACCUGGUACCAGAACCGCAGGACCAAGUGGAAGCGGCAGACGGCGGUGGGUCUGGAACUGCUGGCGGAGGCCGGGAACUACUCGGCCCUGCAGAGGAUGUUCCCCUCGCCGUACUUCUACCCGCAGAGUCUGAUGUCCAACCUGGACCCCGGGGCGGCCCUCUACCUGUACAGGGGCCCCUCCGCGCCCCCGCCGGGCCUCCAGAGGCCCCUGGUCCCGCGCAUCCUGCUGCACGGCCUGCAGGGGGGAAGCGAGCCGCCGCCCCCUCCCCCCCUGGCCCCCAUGUCGGGCGUGCUCCCCCGGCCCGCCCAGCAGCGGUGAGCGGGGCGACCCCCGGAUGUUGUACCCCUACAAAAUAAAAGACUUUUAUGAAAGAAGACACUAAGGCAGCAGCUUUUUCACCUCCUGGAAGAAACGAAGAAACGCUCCUUUUUUUUUUUGGACUUAUUUAUGUCUUAUUUAUAUUUUUAAGUUAUGUAUUUAUUUGAAGUCGUCAUCCAUGCUGGUGCUCUCUCUAUCUCUGACACACACUAUUUUAUUUUUUUACAUGGAUAUUAUUAACAAUUAAAGUGCAUCAGUAUGCAUCCAUGUUUCCUGUGAACUUUGACCCCCCCUGUUUAAAAUGCUGUAAAUAAGAAUAUUUUACAUGAGACUGCAACUUUUCCUUUUGUCUUGAUGCACUUGAACAUAUUAGGCUAGAUUAGCCAUCAAAGUCUUAAAUAUGAAAUGAAAAACAAACACUUUUUUUUUUUUUUUUUUUUUUUU